AUGUUUAUAUCAAAUAUUGGGAGAAAUGACCUUUAUCAAUUAAACUAUUUAAAAAUUUUAUAUAAAAAAUUUCAUUCAAUACAAAAUUUAAGAAUAUAUUUAAAUAAAGAAUUAAAGCCAAUUAAUCACCUUUCAGAUGAUAUUUAUGAAGACAAGAAUAUCUCAAAAAAAGAUGAAUUUGAGAAGGAAAACUUAAGAUCUAAAUUUUUAAAAACUUCUAAUUUCAACAAAAAAGUAGAAAUUAGCCAAGCAUUUAAGGAAAAAUCAGAAAAAAAUAGAGAAAAGACCCUUAUGGAACCGAGAAGAUCUAUGGAUGUUUCUUUUUUUAAAUCAAAAUUACCUAAUUCUAGAUAUAGUAAAUUAGAAAAUUCUUAUACAAAAAAAGAUACGAAAUCAAAAAGAUCAUCAGAAAUAGUUAAUGAAAAUACCAAAUCUUUAUUUAAUUUAGAAUAUUCUGGAAUUAAUAAGAAUGAAAUAUCUAAAAAAGGUUCUUCUAAUUUUAAAAAAUCAAAUAUAGUCAAACUAAGCAAAAGACCAACGAAGUCCUCUUUUAAACCAUACAUUAAUCUUCCUAAUGCUAUAACUAUAUCUAAUUUAUCUCAAUUAUUAAAAUUAAAAUUAGAAGAAUUAUCUAUAAAGAUGAAAGACUUAGGAUUUAAAAAUACGAAUUAUGAUUUUCUUUUAACAUUUGAAGAGGCAUCUUUAAUUGCUAUGGAAUAUAAUUAUAAUCCUAUUAUAAAUACUAAAAGCAUGGUUCAAUUAUAUAGUCAAAAAAAUAAAGAAAAUCUCAAACUUUCUCUUCGUGUACCUAUUGUUACUAUUAUGGGACAUGUAGAUCAUGGAAAAACAACUUUGUUAGAUUUUUUUCGGAAGUCUUCAAUAGCAAAGAAAGAAUGUGGAGGGAUUACUCAGCAUAUUGGUGCUUUUUCUGUAACUAUGUCUAAUGGAGAAAAAAUAUGCUUUUUAGAUACCCCUGGUCACUCUGCAUUUGAGUCAAUGCGAAAGAGGGGUUCUUUAGUUACCGAUAUUAUUAUAUUACUUGUAGCAGCUGAUGAUGGUGUUAUGACGCAAACUAUUGAAGUAAUAGAACAUGCGAAAAGAGCAAAUGUUCCAAUAAUUGUGGCAAUAAACAAAAUAGAUAAAGGAUUAUUGAAUAUUCAAGAUUUAAAAUUAGAUUUAUUAAAGAAUGGAGUUGAACUUGAAGAAUUCGGAGGAGAUACACAAGUAGUUUUAAUAUCUGCUAUAACAGGACAAGGAAUAAAGGAUUUAGAAUGCGCUAUUUCCAGCUUAGUUGAAAUUUUAGAUAUUAAGUCAAAAAUAGAAGGAAAUGUUGAAGGAGUAAUAAUAGAAUCUUCAGUUAAGAAAACGAAAGGGCCUUUAGCUACUGUUUUAUUAAAAGAAGGGACUUUAAAGUUAGGCUCUCAUAUAGUUUCAGGAACAACAUGGUGUCGUAUUAGAUCUAUGACAGAUGAUUUGGGUAUAUCCCUUAAAUCUGCUUUACCAGGAACUGCUGUUGAAGUUAUGGGAUGGAAAGAUAUUCCAUUGAUCGGAGAAAAUAUAUUGGAAGUGGAAAAUGAAGAACAAGCCAAAAAGGUAGUUAAAAAUCGUUUAUUACAUAUAGAAGAGGAAAAACAAUUGAGUAAUAUUGAAGAAAUCAACAAAAGACGUAUAGAAGAUUAUAAAAAUAAAUUAAAAACAACCAAAACUGACUUAUCUCAAAAAGAAUUUAAAGAAGUUCCAUUUAUUAUAAAAGGAGACGUGAGUGGUUCAGUAGAAGCUAUAAAAAAUUCUUUAUUAUCAAUUGGAAAUGAUAAAAUUAUGGUUAAAGUUGUGUAUAGUGAUGUAGGAAAUGUUACUGAAUCAGAUAUUAUUCUAGCAAGUCUUAUACAAGGCUAUAUUAUAUCUUUUAACUUAAAAUUGGACAAAAAAAUUGCUCAAAUUGCAUAUAGAGAAAAAGUUAAAAUUAUUUCACAUUCAAUAAUUUAUACACUUUUGGAUUAUGUUAAAGAGGAAUUAUCUCUUCUUAUGCCUUUAGUAGAAAAGAAACAUGUUGUUGGAGAAGCAAAAAUUGUUAAAAUAUUUAAUAUUACGAGUAAAAAAUCUUCAAAAACUGUAGCAGGUUGUAUUGUUAUUAAUGGUGUUAUAAAUAAAAAUGAAAAGAUAAGAAUAGUGCGUGAUCAGAAAAUAAUUUGGGAAGGAAAAUUACAAACAUUACGACAUAUUAAAAAGGAAAUAACUGAAACAAAGAAAGGGGAAGAAUGCGGCAUGUCUUUUAAUGGAUGGGACGGCUUUCUAGAAGGAGAUUUAGUUCAAGGAUAUACCGAGGAAUCUAUUAAAAAAAAAUUAUAA